UUAAAGCAGCAAUUGAUGACACGUUGAAUUGGUACUAUACAGCCAUUUGAAUGAAUUUACUUCUCUUAUCAGGUCAUGGCAGGUUACAGAAGGCCUUUAAGUGCCUCAUCUGUUGGGAGCCAAUUGUCUUCGGUCUCUUUGCGCAGUUAUUUGUCAUCAUCAGCACGGUCACAUCAAAGCAGCUUAGAAGACAUCAUUGUUAAAGAAUAUCUGGACAAGAUUGAAAAGCCAAAAGCACAAUGCCCUGUUUUGCCCAGAAAUUAUACAUCUCCUUAUGCAAAGACUUCAGCCAGACAUCGUAAAGAUAGAAAAUAUAAUAAUAUACCUAAACAUGGCUCAGCCUCUCCUCCUCAAUCAGUGCGUGUAGCAAGAAGAUCAACAUCUCAAGAUCGUUCCACACAUCAAAAAGCAUCAGCUCAGUACAGUAAUGCAGGUUCAGAUGACGACCUCAACAAGUCAGACAUAGCUGGCAGUCCCUGCCUCUCAUCCCAGUCCAAGAGAAACAGACCCGUCAGUGCUCCUCAGGGGCAUGUUAGGUAUUCAGUGAAAAAAUUUCACAUGUCUCCUUCUGGAUACAGAGCAGUGCCAGUUUUUAAACGGCUGCCGUGGGUCAUCAGAGCCACAGCUUACAAAAAUGGAGACCACGGAACACCCAUUAAAGUGUCCGCACCAACAAUUCCACUGUUACUGGAGAGAUGCACCGAGAAAUUAAAGCUAAACAUGGCCGCCCGCCGUAUAUUCCUGUCAGACGGCAAUGAAGCUAUUGAACCCAAAGACAUUCCCCGCGAUGCUGAUAUUUAUAUCUCCUCUGGAGAGUCUUUCAUAGAUCCUCUGAAAAAUGUUAAAGAGACUGCUCUUCUAUCUGGCAAAAUGGCAUGGACUAUGAAUGGUUUUUUGAAUUUCAACACAUGGAACAUAGCAAAGACUAAACUUAAAAUAUCCAAACACAGAGAGUCACCUUCUACACGUUCUACUGGGAGAAUUCUGGUGUUUUUAAAUGGCAGUGGGAAGUAUGGACAUGUCAUCUCUACAACACUGGUUCAAAUGGAUGAGUUUUUAGAUCUUUGUACUUCCAAAAUGGACCUUGGAUCCACAGCGAAGUGGAUAUUUGAUGUUAACGGAGAGAAAGUUGAAUGUUUAAGGAACAUCCCAUUGCUUGACAAAUGCUUGCAAAACUCUCUCACCUAUUUGCGAGGACCUGUGUGGCUCUCUAAGGGAGAAGGCUUCAGCCCUACGGGAGUUAAGGUCUACAUUCAAGGAGUUUUGUCGGCCCUGCGUCAGCGAUUGAAGUCAGCAAGUAGCUACAGCAGCCAGACCAAAAUCUGUUUGAGGAGUCCUUUACUAAGAAAUAGGAUGUUAAUCCAGUUCUGUCUUCAUAAAGCACUGACCAUUGAGAAUGGCCCAGCGUUUAAGGAUCUCAUCGACAAAUGUUUGGAAGCUGUUUCCAAGUUCUUGUUUUCUCUUGCAGGCUCUGCAUUGCAACCAUCCAUUGCCUUAAUACUUCAAGCUUCAAUGCCAAAUCCAAACCAGGAGCCUAGUUUAACCUCAAGCCUUGGGCCUCUAAUCCCCAAACCUGCAUAUGAGUUUUACAUUUGGCAUUUAGGAUUGCCUUCACUUUCCAAAGAGAGAAGGAGUCUAUUGGUUAUUGUGGUUAUCCAUACAAAAAGCAUCUUGGAUGUCUGGAACUACAGUGGCCUGAAGAAACCUUGUAUUCAAUGGUUUUGGAGGUGUCAGAUGCCUUCAUCCCCUGACCCAGAAGGGAUCACCACGCACAGCGAGGGACCAGGAUUCCAACACACGUGGAACUGUGUCAGAUGUGAAGAGGCCAUUGCUCUACAAGAGAGCAAAGAUCAGAGGAAUGAGUGGCAUGACAGGUGUUUAUAA